CCAAGCCUCUCUUGCUUGUUGUUUCUACACUACAUGCCGGCCUAAAAUAGUUUACUAUAUAUUUGUUAACAACGAUGAUUCUAUUAUAGAACAACUUUGGGUUCACCGCCCUCGUUCUUCAUUACUUAGCAUCAUCAUCUUUAAUUGGUUAUGCCUUUAUCUCUCUGCAUAUUCGUAGUUUCUGAUAAGUAAGAAGAAUCUGUGAGAGCAAAGAUCAGAGAUCGUAGUAUCUCAGAAAUGGCCGCCGGAGAUAAAGAAGAACCUGAAAGAACGUUGCAGGAAACAGCGACGUGGGCUGUGGCGGUGGUGUGCUUUGUGUUGCUGGCGAUUUCAAUCUUCAUCGAACAUAUCAUUCACGCUAUUGGAAAAUGGUUCAAGAAGAAGAAUAAGAUUGCUCUCUAUGAAGCCCUUCAAAAGGUCAAAGGAGAGCUGAUGUUGAUGGGAUUCCUAUCGUUUUUGUUGACGAUGCUGCAAAAUCCAAUAUCGACGACGUGCAUAUCAAGGGAAGUGGCAUCCACGUGGCGACCCUGCGCGUCUUCACAGUACAAGGGCAAGGCAAAAGAAGCCGGCCCCAAUUCUAGGAAGCUGCUCGAAUAUUCUUCACGCCGUUUCCUAGCCGCUAAGGGAUACGACAUAUGUGGAGAGGGUAAAGUGGCGUUUGUGUCUGCUUAUGGGAUUCAUCAGCUGCAUGUAUUUAUGUUUGUGCUGGCAGUGUUUCAUAUUCUGCAGUGCACUAUGACGUUAGUUUUGGGAAGGACCAAGAUGAGAAAAUGGAAGAAGUGGGAAAGUGAGACAAAGACAUUAGAAUAUCAAUUCUACAAUGAUCCAGAGAGGUUCCGGUUUACAAGGGACACGACAUUCGGACGAAAGCAUUUGAACAUAUGGAGUCAAUCAUCAAUUUCCCUAUGGAUUGCAAGCUUGUUCAGGCAAUUCUUUGGAUCAGUUUCCAGGGCAGACUAUUUGACACUGAGGCGUGGAUUUAUCAUGGCUCAUUUACCUCCGGGAAGCGAAGCAAGCUUUGAUUUCCAAAAAUACAUCCAAAGAUCACUUGAUGAGGAUUUCAAGGUUGUCGUGGGAAUAAGCCCAAUCAUAUGGUUCCUUGCCGUCUUAUUAUUCUUGACCAAUACUCAUGGAUGGAACUCUCAGUUUUGGCUUCCAUUCAUCCCAUUAAUUAUAAUAUUAUUGGUGGGAGCAAAGCUACAAAUGAUAAUAUCAAAGAUGGGACUGAGGAUCCAAGAAAGAGGGGCAGUAUUGAAAGGAGCACCAGUGGUGGAGCCUGGUGAUAAUCUCUUCUGGUUCAACCGACCUCGCUUUCUUCUCAACUUGAUUCAUUUUGUCCUCUUUCAGAAUGCAUUUCAGCUCGCAUUUUUCGUUUGGUCAGCUCUUGUGUUCGGCUUAAGGUCGUGCUUCCAUAGAACCGAUCCAGACAUCGCGAUUAAAAUUACAACGGGGAUUCUCAUACAAGUUCUAUGCAGCUAUGUGACUCUGCCUCUUUAUGCUCUCGUUACACAGAUGGGAUCGAGCAUGAAACCGACAGUAUUCAACAAGACAGUAGCAACAGCACUGAAGAAGUGGCACCAAACAGCCAGGAAAAACGUUAAAGACAGCAAGCAUUCAAAGGCAAACACGCCCUUAUCAAGCGCAGCUACAAGCCCUGUCCAUGGGAUGUCCCCAGUUCAUCUUCUCCACAAGAACCCUGGCCGAAGUGACAGUGUCAGUGCCCCAACUUCUCCAACGCCACGUGGCCUCCAAUAUGACCGUUGGGACGUUGAAGCUGGGCCAUCGUACCCUACAACGCAAGUCCAUGGCAUCCAAAUGAUGCCUCCUCAACAUCAUCAUCAUCAUCACCAUGACAAGCCUCUUGAUCUUAGAUGAGUCAAUGAUGAGCAUGAGUCUCUCCAUUUUUUUCACUCUCAUUCUCUUUUUAUUUUUCAAACAUGAUCAUUCAUUAAAUCUAUGAUUAAAACAAAUUCAUUUAAUAAAAUGAUAUUAAUGGUCAUGAUUAGAAAGUGAAGGGAAAAGGAGAGUGAAGAAAUUGAGAAACCCUCUCCUGUCUAAGAUUUGAUUAUGUGUGUAAUAUUAAUGUAAUAUAUUUUGUGAGUAAUAAUAUGGUUGUUCUA